CUGGGGUUAUGGUACACGUGGUUUUGUUGUCUUGUCUGAGGAGCUGCAGCAUGGCAAGUGACCCGAAACAAGCUAAGCUGGAUGGUGACUGUAGACUUGGAAUUUCUGAAGAUCCUGUUCUUGAUCGUUUUCUUUGUUGGUGUAAGAAGGCUGGAAUUAAACUGUCUUCAAAAGUUUAUAUGACAAAACACGGUACUGUGUCAGACUAUGGCAUGUUGGCUAAGGAAGACAUUGAAGAAGGGGAGGAAAUAUUUUCUGUUCCUCGAACAGCCUUGUUAAGCCAAGAAACCACUGCCAUCCAUGCACUUUUAGAGAAAGAAAAGGAUUCUUUGAAGAGCCAAUCAGGCUGGGUUCCUCUUCUUUUGGCUUUAAUGUUUGAAUACACCAAGACUGACUCUUACUGGAAUCCAUACUUGUCUAUGUGGUCUGACUUUACUGUAAUAGACCAACCAAUGUUUUGGACCAAGGAAGAACGGGAGGCACUACUUAAAGGGACAGGCAUCGCAGAGGCUGUCGAGAAAGACCUGCAUAACAUUGAAAGAGAAUAUAAUGACAUUAUUCUGCCAUUCAUCCAGACACAUUCUGACCUUUUUAAUCCAGAGAAGCAUAUGCUAGAGCUCUAUAAGAGUCUUGUUGCUUUUGUUAUGGCGUACAGUUUCCAAGAGCCUGUAGAUGAUGAUGAUGAUAAUGAUGACGACAGUACUGAUAAGGAAUCUACACUACCGAUGAUGGUACCCGUGGCAGACAUCUUAAAUCAUGUAGCCAACCAUAAUGCCAAUUUGGAGUAUGAAGUUGAUUGUUUAAAAAUGAUAUCAAUUAGGAAGAUCCACAGAGGGGAAGAAGUGUUUAACACUUAUGGGGAUUUGGCUAAUUGGCAGCUGUUGCACAUGUAUGGCUUUGCGGAACCAUAUCCCAGCAACAAAAAUGACACAGUAGACAUACUAAUGACCACCGUAUACAAAGCAGCACUUCAAGCUGCCAACUCAGAUGCAGAGCGCAGUAUACUGAGGGAUAAAUGGGACCUAUUGUGUCAUCUUGAUAUAACAAGUAAUGAUGGAGCAUUUGUGUUUGGCUGUUCUGGAUCACUGACUGAAGAAGAAUUGUAUACUACACUUAAGGUUUUAUGCAUGUCUGAAGAGCAUUUUAAAGAUUUUAAGGAAAACAAAGGCUGGGAAGAAGCAGAGGACAAUGAUGAAGAGGUGAUGGCGAUGUCUCUCUCCAAUGAAGGAAUACCAAAGCUGAGCUUUCCAUUUAAACAGCUUCUCUGGAACAGCUUGGUGCUCUCUGUCCAGCUUUACUCCAGUGAUUUAAAAGAAGACAUUCAGCUAAUUCAAAAUAUGGGUACGAAUGUAAAGCUCAAUAGGCGGGAGCAGUGGGCUCUUUAUGUUCGUUAUGGACAGAAGGUCAUUCUCUCCAAUUUACUACAAAUGACACAACCCCAUUGAUACAGAUUUAUGGACUCUAGUAUUACUUAGUUCAAAGAAAUUUCAUUUACUGGAAGAUCUUGAACAAAUCUUAGAGAGAUUUAAGGAUAACAGUAUCAAGUUUAUUGUCAUAUGUAUGUAGUACAAUGAAAUUUGUACUUCCAUGUCUCCUCAGAACAGUUGACUAAACAAAUACUAUGCAACAUAUAGUAUAUGUUCAAUUUUA